AUGACCGGGCUGGACCCCGCGGCCUGCGAGCACCCGCCCUUCUCCACACCCGAGAGCCCGAGGGCCACCCACGAACCCCGCCUCGAGUUACUCCCCCUUGGAGCCCCACCCCGGCGCCCCGGCGAGGGGGCGGGGCCGCCCGGGCGUCGCCAUGGCGACCGCGACAAGAUGGCUUCCUUGAACUCCGGGCUAGAGGGACCCGACCCCGGGUCGCUGAGCCCUGAGCAGCUCACCCAGCUGCGGAAGUUCAAGAUCAGCACGCGCAUCGCGGACGAGCAGUACCUGCGCUCGCACAAGGAGGUGGAGCUGCUGCUGAGCGGCUUCUUCAGAGAAAUGUUUUUGAAAAGGCCAGUGGAUAUCCAAGAGUUUGCUGCAGAGUAUUUCACAGACCCAAGACUUCCUGGGAAGAUACAGGCCCAGCUAAUUGAAAAACAAAAGCAGUAGCAAUUAGCAGAACUGAGAUGUUCUGAAAGCACAGGGUCAUAUGAAGAAAAGAAAUUUUUGCCAUCAUCGUGGGUUUGUAAGUUACCCAGGACUUGGACCCUUGUGUUACAAAGCCUUGCAUUAAAAACAGACUUCUUUUAUCUA